UGGUUCCUUGUUAAAUCAUCAAUAUUAUAAUUUUACUUAAACAAAUAGUUCAAUAAAAUAUGAAUUUAUGAAUGAUUGUUCAAGAUAUAAGCAUUGAAAAGUUCAGUGUAUGGUAAGGACUCCCCCAGUUGUUGUCAGCCUACUCCACACCAGCAGAGGGAGCUAAAACGUUUUUGAUACAAGUCACAAAGAUCUUCUUUUAAGCUUCCUGGUUCUGUGUGGCCUUCCAUAAACUCCACAAACCCUCAGAUCUUCAUGCCAAUCAGUGGGUUUCAGUCAGAUGGCGAGCGGACAGCUGUCGAGGGCAGAGGCAUUGAUGUGCUCAGGCUGCAGGCAUGCAUGCCAUGUGAUGCUCUACUCUGACACGAAAACCCAGCUGUUUGGGAGAAUUCCCAUCAGACAUAUUGUACUGAUGCAGAUGCGCUUUGACGGUCUGCUGGGUUUCCCUGGCGGGCUUGUUAACCCAUCGAGAGAAACCCUGGAGGCGGGACUUAGCAGGGAAUUGUUGGAGGAGCUCGGUGUCAGUCUUCCUAUAUCCAUAGAGCAUCAUGUUGACUCCUGCUAUGCUCCUUCUUCCUCCUCCUCCUCCUCCUCCCGUCUCAUCACUCAUUUUUAUGUGAAGAAGAUGGAGGAGGAUCAGAUUAUUGAGGUGGAGAGAGCGGCUGCAUCCGUUGCAGCAGAUCAUGGACAGGAGGUUCUAGGAAUGGUCAGGGUCCCUCUCUACACCAUGAAAGGAGAGGGAGGCCUCGCGUCCUUCCUGUCGCACUCGUUCAUCGGCAACGCUCGCUCCCAGCUGGUUGACUCUCUGCUGCGCUUCAACCUGGUUGCCGCUGACGAGUUGCACAAAGCCCUCACACACUCUCUGAAGAUACACACACAGACCGCAGAGGACCUGAAAACGGCCCUGGCGUUGACAGGAGCGGGAAGGAAGCAGUUUUGAAACACACCUGCACACAUCAGCGCAUCCGCUCAGACAUACACUUUGGUACAGUUUGGCCAUCAGCAAUGUGCAGCACAGUCCUUCACUCACACAGUUAAGCAUAAGCACACACACUGUCAUACUGAUUCUGAGCUGGUGACUCAUUGCCUACUGUGCACCAAACAGUUUUCAGAAAACAUUAUCAGCCGCUUCACAAUGAAUGGAAAUAAAAUCAUUUACACUGUC